AUGAUCAUGAUGUUGAGAAUCAUCCUAGUAUUGGCAGGAAUCUGCGCCCUUUGUAGCCUGGCGACUGCCAGCCGGAGAAAACACGAGGCCGUGGAUCAUCACUCCCGCAGACACAGACAUGCAGGUCACACGUCGCUGCACAGACACAGGCCCCGGGUGGGCAAGGAGGGUCAGGUGCUGCACAGGUCCAAACGAGGUUGGGUGUGGAAUCAGUUCUUUGUUAUUGAGGAAUACACCGGACCCGAUCCUGUUCUUGUGGGAAGGCUUCAUUCCGAUGUGGACUCUGGCAACGGCAACAUCAAGUACAUCCUGUCGGGCGAGGGUGCGGGCACCAUCUUCGUUAUCGAUGACAAGACAGGCAACAUACACGCCACGAAGACGUUGGAUCGUGAGGAGCAGGCUCAGUACACGUUGACGGCGCAGGCAGUUGCACGGGACACCAACAAGCCUCUGGAGCCGCCUUCCGAGUUCAUCGUCAAGGUGCAGGACAUCAACGACAACCCGCCAGAGUUCUUGCAUGGGCCCUACUAUGCUAGGGUGCCCGAGAUGUCAAACGUCGGUACGUCAGUGAUGCAGGUGACGGCCACCGAUGCCGAUGACCCUACAUAUGGAAACAGCGCCCGGCUGGUGUACAGCAUCCUGCAAGGACAGCCAUACUUCUCAGUGGAGCCUCAGACAGGUAUCAUUCGCACUGCGCUGCCCAACAUGGACCGCGAGGCCCGGCAGGAGUACGACGUGGUGAUCCAGGCUAAGGACAUGGGAGGCCACAUGGGCGGGCUGUCUGGAACCACUGAGGUCAAAAUCACACUCACCGAUGUCAACGACAACCCACCAAAGUUCCCACAGAGUGUGUAUCCCAUGUCCGUUUCCGAAGACAAAGUGGAGGGUGAGGAGGUGGGCCGUUUGAAGGCCAAGGACCCCGACAUGGGAGACAACGGGCUGGUCAACUACCGCCUGACAGACGGCGACGGCUUGGGAAUGUUCGAACUCAGCACAGACUCUGAGACCAGGGAGGCCGUCAUCAAGCUCAAAAAGCGUGUGGAUUUUGAGACCAAGAGGUCAUACACGUUGAAGGUUGAGGGGUACAACGUGCAUGUGGACCCUCAAUACCUGGCCUGGGGGCCUUACAAGGACGAGGCCACGAUAAAGAUUUCAGUGGAGGAUGCUGAUGAGCCGCCCGUAUUUGUGGCACCUAUGUAUACUUUCGAGGUGGAGGAAAACGCCCCAGCUGGCACUCAGGUGGGCCGCGUCCACGCCAAGGACACGGAUGUUGCCAACAAUCCAGUCAGGUACAUGAUUCCACGUUACACGGACGUGGAGCAGUUCUUUAGUGUCAACUCUGAAGACGGCAUGAUCACCACUACCAGACCUCUGGAUCGAGAGACUCAGGCCUGGCACAACAUCUCUGUGUCGGCCACUGAGAUAGGAGGCCACCACCAAGACACCAAAGUGCGUGUGAACAUCAAAGUGAAAGACACAAACGACAAUGCUCCGGAGUUUGCCACCAACAAUGAAGUCCUUAUGUGUGAAAGUGUUGCACCAGGAAAGGUUAUCGAAACAGUCAGCGCAGCAGACAAAGACGAGAUGGUCCACCGUCAACACUUUUCCUUCAGCCUGGCUCCCGAGGUAGCCCAUAACCACAACUUCUCCCUCAAAGACAACCGAGACAGCACGGCUAGCAUCUAUGUGCUGCGCAAGGGUUUCAGCCGGCUAACACAGGACGUCUACUUCCUGCCAGUGGAGAUCAACGACAACGGCGUUCCAGCCAUGAGCAGCACCGGCACACUGACGGUGCGCGUGUGCUCCUGUGACAGCAGGGACACCAUCUUGUCGUGUAACGUGGAACCCUACGUGCUGCCCGCUGGCCUCAGCACAGGAGCACUUAUCGCCAUCCUCGCAUGCAUUGUCAUCCUACUAGUCAUCGUGGUUUUGUUUGUGGCGCUGCGGCGUCAAAAGAAAGAGCCUCUGAUCGUGUUUGAGGAGGAGGACAUCCGAGAGAAUAUCAUUACCUACGACGACGAGGGCGGCGGAGAGGAAGACACAGAGGCCUUCGACAUCGCCACACUGCAGAAUCCAGAUGGUGCCAAUGGCUUCCAUCCGAGGAAAGAUAUGAAGCCAGAGCUCCAGUUCCCCCUGCGUCCCGGCGGCCACCCGGCAGCCAACAGCGUGGACGUGGACGACUUCAUCAAGACACGCGUGGCUGAGGCCGACAGCGACCCCACGGCACCGCCCUACGACUCCAUCCAGAUCUACGGCUACGAGGGUCGCGGUUCUUUGGCCGGCUCACUUAGCUCCCUGGAGUCGGUCACCACUGAGUCGGACCUCGAUUAUGACUAUCUGCACAGCUGGGGUCCACGCUUCAAGAGGCUGGCCGAUUUAUAUGGCACCAAAGACUGCUCCAUUCAUGACGGCGACGAUGAUGAGGACUGUUAA